UUAUAUUUACAUAUAACCUUACGGGUCCCAGAGUUCACCUUCGUGGAAACAAAGUUGAGAAUUUCACGACGUGGUUUCGUAUUUAUAUCAGUCCAUGAACGUAUAUUAUUCAGUGCAUAUUAUAUGCGAACACGGGUAUUCUCGCAUCUUUGAUGGCUAUAUUUUUCGGUGUACGCGGGCUGUCUUUUAUCAAAAGGCCAUUAUCAAAUAAUAGUCCUGUCGUUAUUAAAUUAGGAUCUCUCUGUAGCGAUGCGACGGUUAUAUUAUAAUGAAUGACAGAGCAUCGGUAUCUGGUCGAUUCAGUGUUAGUUGUCAGAAUUGAAGGUUUGUUAACGUCAUACCGUGCUUGCAUUUACAUUUGACAUCUAUACCACCUGGCUGGAGGUGAGUCGUAAGGCUGUUCGUAUUUGGUCUUGAUCGGAAGAUGAGUGUUUGAUUAUUCUAUACUCAUCAGUAUUGGUACAGGUGAGACGGAUAGCAGUGUUACGUAACAUCAUAUAUUCGCAUCACUAAGCAUAUGACGGUCAUCAAGCCUCUGGUCGAUAUGAACAUCAACGAACAUCGCGAGAUCUCUUGAUAGAGGCUUAAUUCAUUUACAUAUACCUUCACACUCGUCGACACAACGUAAAAAUAAUAAAAAGUUUGGUCCGGUCUGGUAUUGGUUCUAGUAUUACUUCUGCAGGUCUAGGGUUCAAAUUCAGGUCCCAAGAUGACUCUAUGUCAGCCUAAGUAGUACUGUUGUGAUCAUUGCAUCGCCUUAUUGAGGUUUAUGAUGUGACACUGUCAGACUGAGAAGUGCCAAGACGUAACUCAACUAAAGGAGAAUUGUCAGUUUCAUCUUUAGCUGGAAGAUUUACUGGAUUUAUUUUUCCUGGAUUAAAACACCAUGGCGUUAUCAGAAAACGAGAACAGCAAAGAGAAAAUAAGGCAUCUCUGUGCCGCAGUGCAAGCUGGGAAAUUGGCAGAGAUUGAUACAAUACUACAGCAAGGAAUGUAUAUAAAUGUAGACGAGGGCGGGAACAUGAUGGCCAAAUCUCUAUAUCGGAACCUCUUGAUGCUGGCUAUUGACUCGGUUCAAGUCGAGACUGCUAAACUUCUAAUUGAGAGGGGCAUUGAUGUCAACCAUAAGACAUGGGGUGUAAACGGCAAACAAGGAGCAAGGGACAUGGCACAAGAGUCUGGGCUUCAAGAAAUUGUUGAUCAGAUCGACUGCAGACUACCCGUUCCCAAGCGUUUAUUUCACGCCGUAGUCGAUGGUCAGCAAGAUAAAGUGAAUAAUCUUUUACGUCACAUUGAUGCUGAUAUGAACAUGAAAGUGGAUUUACACGGUGAUAAGGCAGCUGGAUGUAGCGCUUAUACUCUCCUCAUGAUCGCUCUCAGGAACGGCCAUGUCGAGAUCGCCCACCAGCUCAUCGACCGCGGCAUUGAUCUGGACUUUGAUCAUCAGGAAUGGGAUCGUCCUGAUGAUUCAAGUGAAGAAAUCAUGGUCGAGUCUUUCGAUGCACAUAAACUCGCCAUGGAUACGGGUAUGGUGGGCGUGGCUAAGGCCAUUGAUAAACGAAGAGGAGGCGUGGCUAAUGGUAAUGAAACAAUGUCACCGUCCAAUGGAAUCAAACAUGAAAAGCAAUCGGAUGUAACUAACGGUGCUGAGGAAAAUGCUAACAUCACUACAACUCAAUCACAGAUGCCUAUUAAUACCAAACAACCUGAACCAAAGCAAGUUCGAGCUUCAACAAGCUGCUGCUGUAUAAUUUCUUGAUGGUUGGCAUCCGAUUCGACGGAAAAAAUCCGAGACUCUGUUUGAGAACGGAACCAUGAAAACCAUUAUAUAAACGCGUUUUAUCUAAUAAAACAGUCGUUUACAACUUUUAUGAACACGGCACCAAAAACUUCGUACGUCAGUCUGAAAUCACAUCGAGUUCAGAUUUCCAUCGAGAAUGUUUAAAGAAACAUUAUACGGUUACAGUCAUAGAUAGACAUAUGAUAUGGAGACUCGACAGUGCCACAUCAUGUUUAUAAUUUAACUUCAUGAGUGUAUUUCUUGGAAACAAAAUAUUUGAUGCAGAACAGAUACAACUCUGUAAAAUUUUGUCAACACAACUCUAUAGUAUGGACACUAUAUUAUUUUGUAGAUACUUUUGCUCAAAGCCUACUACAUGUAUUUGUGAAUCGAGAAUCAAAUAAGUCCGAGUCCGAGUCGGAGACCAGCGAUCUGGAUUUUAGUGAAUGAUGUGAGUUCCUGUAUACUAUUCACGUUUAUUUCGAGUAUGGCACGUACAGGCUACGCCCACAAGUUAAGGUCUCGUUUCGGUGUCGUCAGGGGACGUGGGGAUUCAUG